CAACGGGUUCAACUCAAGCGAAAUGUCAAAAUGUAUCAUGUGCGAGAUGUAUCAAAACAAAGAACUAUGGACGGAAAUUUGAUUGUGCAUUUUUUGCCACAGAGAGAAAUUCGACCAACAAAUUUCGUGAAGAAUUGACGAAUUCUUAUCAUACUUAAGACGGAUUGAAUCUUUGAACGAUUGUAAUGACUAUUCGUGGGUCUAAGUCUGAAAUGAUAAUCGGUGAAAGUUGAUCUUUGGUCACAACAGCAUUACGGACGGUGGUCAAAAUACUAAAGGCGAACAAAAAUCACCAAAGCGAAAUAUGAUAGGCAGUACAAAGUCUUUGUGUGCAAUAUGCAGCAGGCGACUUACCUUUGAUUGAAUGUUGUAAAAAUAAUCAUUGGCUGCAUUUUAGACCGAAAGAUAAUGUCAUCUUCUAAUUAUUUCAUGAAUGACAAUCGAAUGUUUGGUAGUAUUGCAAGUAUCUAUUCUUCUUCAAAUUCUACCGUAUUUAUUUAAAAGCGUAUUGGCCAAAUACUUUGAAAAUCAAUUUCCAAUUUUUAAGCUAACAGAGAUUGCAUGCACCAUACAGCUAUAGUUGGAUGCGAAAAUAAGUAGCUAUUUUUAGUCAAUAGUUCGGGAUAUUUUGAAAUAGCAGAUCCAAUUGAUCGUUCAGAAUAAUUCGGAGCAAAUUGUGCGGUAGCUGCUAUUUCAAAAUAUCCCGAACUAUUGACUAAAAAUAGCUACUUAUUUUCGCAUCCAACUAUAGCUGUAUGGUGCAUGCAAUCUCUGUAAGCUAAUGAAUUUAACUGAAAUAAUUCGAAGAUUCAAAAGAACUAAUUUAGAUCAAGAUUGCAAUUGCAUAUAAAUAUUGUAUUAUAAUUGAUCGAAUUCUGCAUAUGAAUGAUGAGUUCGAACAGCAGUUGGAUAGCCGCUGAUGUAAUAAAUGUGUCUCGGGCUCAAGAAGUAGCUAAUGACUGAGGGACAGUUGUUUUUCGGUUUACAAAUUACUUUCACUAUUGCUUUUUACAAGGAAUUACGAAUUACUUUUUUUCCGAAGAAAAAUGUUCUUUUUUUUAAAGUAAUUUGUGAACCAAAAAAAAUAAUUGUUGGUAAUUUAUAGUCGAUAAAUUACUUUUUGUUCAACCAAUUACUUGUCAAAUAGAAAUUACAUUCACGUGAAGAACCAUUUUAUUCAUAAGAAUUUAAUAAUGUGUAUGUUGGAAAAUCCGGCGUUUGAGCUAUUAGUUUACAAUUUCCCUUUUUUUUCCUCUAUUCAUCCUUUGAAUCAACAUGUUUGCUUUUAUAGAAACUUAAUACGCUUUGCCAAUUGAUCUCUUUAUCAAAAGCAGAUCCAGUUAUGGCUAUCUAUUGGCAUGAACUCUUUUGAAUUAUAAAGUGUUGUAAAUGUGGUUAAUAAGCUUGAAUAAUCAAAAUCAAAUUCAGAGAUUCUGACACCCAGAAUUUCAGGUCAAAAAUCAAUUCUAUCUAAUGUAAAAUCGGUUUCGGAAUAAAGUGAAGACCUAAAAAAAACUCACUUCUGUAAAUCGAUUUUAUCUAGUGUUAAAUCAUACUUCAAAAUUCAAUGAUGACUGAAAUUGCAUCCAAUAAAUAAAUCGAUUCUAUCUAAAAAAAAAGGUCCUCACUUUUGAAAACAAACUCCAAAAAUGACAAUAGGUCCAAAAAAAUUCGUUGAGGGUCAAAUUUCGCCAGCAGAGGCCAGGAUCAACGAGAUCAGACUAUGUCAGAAUCUAUGAUCAAAUUCAUUCUAUUUCUGAUUAAUUUAAAUUCAAAAUAGCUUUAAGUAAUGCAAAUAAAAUGACUAACAGUGACUCAGUUGUACGUAACUGUAUGUAGUGAUACACAACUAAAACUGGAUAAGUUAAUUUAAAUCAUGCGUAUUGUAUGGAGACAAUCACGUUUAGUUAUUCUUUCAGUCAGUCGACUAAUUUGGGACAUUUUGACUAAGAGUGAUUUGUGAUUAAAGUUAACUGCAGUUGCUUAUUUUGUUCGAGAUAAUCACUUUUAGUCAGUCAAAAUGUCCCAAAAUAAUCGACUGACUAGUCAGUCAAAAAUUUUCCACACGGGAAACUAUAGUUUACGCUCUUGUUGAAAUUCUUUGAAAAUACGUUUUUAAUUUGUUUUUAACAUUUAAAACAUGAAAAAAUUGUAUAACUUAUUGGUUUUUCUCGCUUUUUUCAAAUUCUUAUUUGAGUUUUAUCGCCUGAAUGUAGUCAAAUUUGAAUUUUUUCUUCUUUAAUUUUUCUAGUAGCAAAAUUACGUUUUUACGCGAAGAAACCCUUCAAUUAAGCCUUUGAAUUAUGUUGUGUGAAGUUAUAUCGAAAAAUCUGAUAUUACCCGGAAAAUGUGAGAUAUACACUUGUUCAACACAGAACCGGUUUGAAUAAAAAUUGUUUUCAUUAACCGGUUAUGAUCGAUUGAUCCUAAUUGAUUAAAUGCAUCAUAAAUUGAUUUCUGCAUGCAUUUUAUAAACAGAGAGCACUAAGAGUAGAGAUCAGCACGGUUCUUUGAUGCUCGAAAUUCGAAUAUGAGGGAAUCGGUUAUGCUAUUCGAUUGCGGUUUAUCUCGAAAAUUUCGAUUUUUCUAAAAUUUGUUUUUAUUCUAAUUGAAAAAAAUAUAUAAUUUUUAUUGGGACAAGUAUGUUAAUAUUUUCUAUUGUUAAAAAAUGAUACUUCUCUCGAUAAGCCGAUAUGUUAUGCUGAAAAAAAAAUUAAAGUAAUUAUUUCGUUAGUUCAUUUCAGUGUGUCCGAUUUCACAAUAACCAUCUACAAAGCUAUAUUGAGUGUUUAAAACCGUAACUAUACUGAUAAAUUGGAUGCAAUCAAUUAUUACUAGCGACGUUAAACGCUGUCGAUGUAAACAAAAAAUGUUUCAAAACAACAAAUGAGUCGCGAGAGGUUUCUAUCUGUAAAUGAAGUUACAGUUUCCGCUUAUUUUCAACUGUGCAUGGAUAAAUUUGACUCGUAUAAAUUGAUGUGAAAAUUGUGCUUGGUUGAUUGUGCCGCGUGUUUGUUUUAAGAAUUGUCGAUGCGAUCGAGAGUGUGUUAUAGUAAUUAAAAACUCCGUAAUUCUUGAAUAAUAGGUUUGUAUAUGAUGUGCUCAAAUGAAAACUAAUGUCAUUCGCCUGCAACGUGUUCCCGUGUGGAAAAUUUUUGACUGACUAUUCAGUCGAUUAAUUUGGGACAUUUUGACUGACUAAAAGUGAUUGUCUCGAACAAAAUAAGCAACUGCAGUUAACUUUAAUCACAAAUCACUCUUAGUCAAAAUGUCCCAAAUUAGUCGACUGACUGAAAGAAUAACUAAACGUGAUUGUUUCCAUACAAAACGUAUGAUUUCAAUCAACUUAGCCAGUUUUAGUUGUGUAUCACUACAUACAGUUACAUACAACUGAGUGACUGUUAGUCAUUUUAUUUGCACACGGGUUUACACACCAAGAAUGGAGUUUUGGUAAAAACCGUGUGGCGAAAUGAAAACGGUAACACCUAAUGUAUCGAUGUUUCGAAGAGAAAAAAGAAGCAUAGCAUGAUCCCGAAAUACACAAAUUAAACCACAUUCCAUUGAAAUUUCGAUAGCUAAGCAAUGCAGAGACAUAAACGUCGUACGCAUAUGAGUUUGCAAUGAAUUAUCAAUGAAGCGUAAUAGCAUGCAUGCAUGCAUCGGCACGUGAUUGCAAAAUUCAUUUUACUGAAUUCAAAUAAAUUUAAAACGUAAACACAAAUUGAACAAACGGCAACACAUUCUGGAUCUGAAAAAAAUUCCCACAUAUUUCUUGUUACAAUUUUUUUUUUCUUCAAAUCAACACACCAGCGUUUCUCUUUUGGUUUUUAUUUUCUUUGAGGGGGAAUUCGAUGCAUGCAAUAAACGCUCGUGUAGCAAAUUUUCGGUGUUUAUUGGUGGUUAUUACGAGAGUUUGCCUUCCUUAUAAUUUCGAUAGCAUUUAUUAAUGAACCAUCAAAAUGACAUUGUCAACAAUCUCUGUUUAGUCAAACAAAAGAAUAAAAAAAACGUUUUUUCUUCAUUAUUUGAACAAUAUUUUUAUUUUUAACGUUUUACCAUAUAAUUCGGAUCUAUUAGUACACGAUAAGUAUCUAUCGUGAGUGUGGUGUUUAUGAUUUUUUUUUUCUCGUUGUUUCGUUCGAUUCGACAUUGUUUCGUGUAUUUCACUGUGGUCGUUGUUGUUGUUGCUGUUCGUUGUGUCGCUCAAUCUAUAGCAAUGAAUUUAUAAAGCAAAUAAGUUGCUGAAACACACAAAUGAAAAGUACGCUCACAAUCAUAUAGUAAUCAGUCGGCGUCGUACAAUAGCUGAGAGCCACCGUUCGAAAAAAAUUCGGAGCAACACAUUUGCAUUCCAAUAGAAAGAGAGACUAUUUCGAAUUACCGUCGAGUGACAUUGAGUUAAUUGAAUUUUUACUGUUGCUGUCGUGGAUUUGUGUUCGUUGCAUUUUCGCUGCUUAUCACAUCAUUUUCGUGUGCUGGAACCUCUCUCAUCUUAGUGAGCUUGAAUUAUGUUCCGAAAAAAAUAUUUUCACCGGUUUGUGCUAGCAUUGGUGAUCGCCGCAACGACGGUGAAUAUCGCAAAAACUGUGCCAUUAGAGGGGCGGUCAACCAAAAAAUCCGCAUUAGAUCUAGUGAUAUUACACAAUAAUGAUAUGCACGCGCGAUUCGAACAAACCGAUAAAUUUUCGGCCAAAUGCCAUCCAGAUGAAAUAAUUGAUAAUAAAUGCUAUGGCGGUUUUGCACGUGUUUCACACAUAUUAAAAGAGCAUCGCAAAGCGGCCGAAAAUGGUGGACCACCCGUUUUGUAUUUGAAUGCUGGAGACACUUAUACGGGCACACCAUGGUUUACAAUUUAUAAGGAUCGUAUCGUGAGUGAGUUCAUGAACAAGCUCAAGCCCGAUGCAAUUUCAUUGGGAAAUCACGAAUUAGAUUUGGGCGUCAGUGGUUUGGUGCCAUUCUUGAACGAUGUCGAUUUUCCAGUAUUAGUGGCGAACAUAAAUAACACAGCGGAUCAUCCAUUGUGGAAAACGCGAGCCCUAAAAAAAUCCGUUGUCUUCGAUAUCAAAGGAUUCAAAGUCGGUGUCAUCGGUUAUCUUACACCAGAGACGAAACUAGUUGCCACACCAAAUGACUUGGAAUUCGUCCCAGAAGUAUUCGCAAUCAAUGAGGAGGCGGAAGCUUUGAGAAAGAAGGACGUCAAGAUAAUCAUAGCUUUGGGUCAUUCUGGUUAUGAAGUUGAUAAGGAUAUAGCUAAAAAUUGUCCACUCGUCGAUAUUGUAAUUGGAGGUCAUAGCAAUACGUUUUUAUUUUCUGGUGAUCAACCAGAUAUCGAACAAAUGGACGGUCCAUAUCCGACUGUGAUAAAACAAAGUAGCGGUAAAGAAGUGCCAGUUGUUCAAGCCUAUGCAUUUACAAAGUACCUCGGCAAAAUGGAAUUGAGUUUCGAUGCGGAUGGAAAUUUGAUAAAAUGGGGUGGUGCACCGAUUUUAUUAAACGGUUCAGUGCCACGGGAUGAAGAAGUGUUGAAACUUUUGGAAAAAUAUCGACCAGCAGUUUACGAAUUGACCGAGUCACGCAUCGGUUAUUCCAAAGUACUUCUCGAUGGAAAUACUUGCCGGACUAGCGAGUGCAAUCUUGGAAAUCUCAUUUCGGAUGCACUCGUUUAUGCAAGAGUGAAUCAGUACGAAGGUGAACACUGGACAGACGCUGCGAUUUGUUUCAUUCAAGGCGGUGGUAUUCGUGGCAGUGCACCAUUUGGCCAUCUCACAAAGUUCGACUUGAAAACUAUUUUGCCAUUCAAUAACUCGAUGCUGCUGGUGAAUAUGACUGGCACGGGAAUUUUGCAAGUGCUAGAACACAGUGUAGAACAUUACACAGGCGAUCGGGGUGAAUUUCUGCAAAUGUCGGGCAUUCGUGUGGUCUACAAUAUGACGAAAGAUCCAGGUCAUCGCGUUCAAUCCGUGGAAACGUUGUGCACGGACUGUGAAGUGCCGUCAUAUAUGGCACUUGAACCAUUGAAAAACUAUCGGGUGAUUUUGUCCCUGUUCUUGUAUAAAGGCGGAGAUGGAUAUUCAAUGAUUAAGAAUUUCCCAGCCGAAAGCAUGGAUGAUUUCGAAUUCGACGCAGUUCAGAAGUACAUUGAAGAUGCCGGUACGGUUUAUCCAGUGGUCGAGGGUCGUAUAACUUUGAUUGAUAUUCAAUCAAAUGAACAAGGAACUGCUUCACGGUUUACAGUUUCAAUUUCGAUGCUCUUUGUGACAGUGAUGACGCUAUUUAAUUACUUUCAAUAGACAUGUUCAUUUAGAAAUUAUUGUUCAUCACACACAUAUACACACAUUGAAAAGAAAUAGCAUUCAAAUGAGAACCAGAAUUGUUGUUGUUGUCAUUGUUGUUGUUAUUAUUUGUUAUUAUUACAAAUAACAGACAGUUUACAAAGAUAGCUGUGUCACACUAAAUUAAAGACGUUCCACCCAACAAUUAAUUCUAAAACAAUAAAAAAAAAAAACGUAAUAUAGAAACAAUG